AUGGCUCCCUUGUUUCGUGAUACGGCCUUUGGCACGUUAAUGCGAUGGGUAACUCGAGGCAAAGCUUUCAAAUAUCCAGAGGAUCAAGCAAUAUUCCAUUGUCCAACUUGUUACAAUCCUCCGGCAUACGCCGAUGCGACACGCCAAGAAACGGUGAGGCUGAUGGCAACCAAGAUCGAACCAAAGGUAACGGACACGGGCAUUAUUUUGGUCGAUUGGUACAAUACCAAUGAUCAGGACAACCCACAAAACUGGCCGACAUCAAAGAAACUCUCAUGUACCAUUCAGAUCUACCUGUACACACUCUCAGUGUACAUUGGAUCCGCCAUCAUAACACCCUCUGCACCAGAUAUCGAGCGGAUAUUCCAUACCCCGCCAGAAGUUACUUCGCUGAGCCUUUCCAUGUACGUCCUUGGGUACGGCAUCGGCCCUCUGAUAUUUGCGCCUCUGUCCGAGAUUCCAGUCAUUGGCCGCAAUCCACCGUAUAUACUCACAUACUUUGCCUUCAUUCUCAUCUCUAUUGGAACCGCUGUGGUUAAUAACUUUCCUGGAUUGAUCGUCUUGCGUUUCCUGCAGGGAUUCUUUGGAUCUCCGUGCUUGGCCACCGGCGGAGCGUCUCUUGGCGACAUCUACAAUCUUCUUGAGCUGCCGUACGCACUCACCGGUUGGGCAGCGUUUGCGACCACUGGGCCUGCUAUCGGGCCUCUCCUUUCGGGCUUCUCGGUUCCGGCCACAAACUGGCACUGGUCUUUGUGGGAGAUUGUUUGGCUUAACGCUCCUAUAUUCGUCUUCAUGUUCUUUUUCCUACCUGAAACAUCUUCAGCCACCAUCCUGCUCCAGCGCGCCAGACGUCUCCGCCGGCUUACUGGGAGGAGCGACUUACGAUCACAAUCGGAAAUCGAUCAAUCUAAACUAUCGGUUAAUGAAGUUGUUUCGCAAAAUCUCUGGCGACCGUUUGAGAUUAAUAUCCUCGAUCCAUCUGUUCUCUUUACCAGUCUGUAUACUGGCCUCAUGUACGCAAUUUUCUACUCCUUUUUCGAAGUGUUCCCGUUUGUAUACGCUACUGGUCUCCCUGGCCUUGCCUCCCCAACUCAUGGCUACGGCUUGAACCAGGGCCAGGUCGGUCUUAUAUUCCUUUCCAUUAGCGUGGGUGUCUCUAUAUCUAUUGCUCUCUAUGUUGGGUACCUUAAGCUGGUUUUUGAACCCAGUAUUGUGAAGCAUGGAUUGGGCGAGCCGGAGCGCCGUCUCGCUCCUGGUCUUCCCGCCAGUUUCUUGGUUCCCAUUGGCCUGUUCAUGUUUGGCUGGACGGGAAAUUCUAGCCCAGAGAUUCCUUGGAUCGUCCCCACCAUUGGCAUAGGAAUUGUCGUCCUCGGGAUAUUCCUCAUCUUCCAGGUAAUCUUCAUCUACAUCGCUCUAAGUUACCCCCAGUACAGCGCCAGUUUGUUUGCGGCAAAUGACUUCGUUAGGAGCGCUCUGGGAUGCGGCGCAAUUCAUUUUUCGCGGCCUCUGUUUAUCAACUUGGGUGUCGGGAAGGGAGUCAGUUUGUUAGCUGGACUGAGUUGCGGGGGUGUGAUUGGAAUAUUCGUGCUAUAUUUUUAUGGAGGGACUUUGAGACGCAGAAGUCGAUUUGCUGCCAAGUAG